AUGAUACACAACGACAAGGAGUCACUUCAACCUUUCCUGGAUGAAGAGAACGACGCGCAAGAUGGCUCCUUCGAGCUUCCGGAACUCAAUACCAACAGCCAGAUAUCGGCAGGCGGUGGCAGAAAUUCGUCGCCAUACGAUUCAGCAGACGAAGAGGAGCUAUCAGGGGGGAGACGCACCGUCGAAAAGUCCCAAUUGAUCUCACGAAGGUCAUGCACCCGCGCUAUUCUCUUCAUGCUCGGCGCCCAGGUCUUCAGCGCUAGCAUGAACGUGAGCAUCAGGCUGCUGGAGAACACCGAGACGCAUCUGCACCCACUCCAGAUCCUGUUUGUCCGCAUGAGCAUCACCACGGUCAUUCUGUCCCUGCUCUCUCUAUCGGGCGUCGUCCUGAUCGCGGCGCCAGACGCCAUCCUCCCUUGGUCGUCAUCUUCCAAACCUGUACCCACGCCACCAGGGCUUACCACAGACGAAGCUACCGCCACAGUAAUAAAACGCUUGCAAGCCCUGGCCGUCGGGCUCCUCGGCGUCUGCGGUUCCGCUGCCGCAUUCCUGAGCAUGUCGGCCCUGGGAAAGGCUGAGAACCCACUGACGGUCGUGAAUUAUUUCGCUGCUCUGUGCACGGCCGCCAGUCUGGCCGGGCUGUUCGUGCUGCCAGGCCUGGGUGGCUUCCGCGUGCCGGGCGACUGGUGGGAGUGGGUGCUGUUGUGCUUCAGCGGAGUCAGCGGGUUCCUCAUGCAAUUUCUCAUCACCCUGUCCCUACAGGCCGAGAAGUCCCUCGUUGCGGUGAACAUGGUCUACACACAGAUCGUCUUUUCCCUGGUCCUCGAUGGCGUCGUGUUCCACAUCAUCCCGCACGCCGUGUCGCUGUUCGGAUGUACCCUGAUCGUGGGGUCCGCGGUGCUUCUGGCAUGGCACAAGACGAGGGCCCAGAGGAAGGCCGGGAACAUUGAAGAUGGCCCCUGA